GAGGAGGGACACUAGCAGGUUCCCUCGGUCACGCCAGCUCCUCGCACCUCCGGUGAGCCGGGCGCUGCUUUUCCCUUGCCCAACGCUCAGAGAAAGCCCUUGGCUUCCAUGGAAAACGGCAGCCAGACCCUGACCACGGACCUCAUCUUCCUGGGCUUCUCCAGCCUGGCCGAGCUGCAGAAGCUGCUCUUUGUGGUCUUCCUGCUGCUCUACCUGCUCACGCUGAGCACCAACGCCACGAUCGUGCCCGUCAUCAGGCUCGAGCCGAGCCUGCACACACCCCUGUACUUCUUCCUCCGCGUCUCGUCACCCUGGGAGACCUGCUACACCUUCGUGGUCGUCCCCAAGAUGCUGGCGGACUUGCUGGCGGGGAGGAAAGCCAUCUCCUUCCUGGGCUGCGCCGUGCAGAUGUACCUCUUCCAGCUCCUGGGGUGCUCCCACCCCUUGCUGCUGGCCGCCACGGGCUACGGCCGCUGCGUGGCCAUCUGCCACCCCUUGCGCUACCGCGGCACCAUGAGCCGUGACAGAGCUUCCGCUCCCGGCGGCUUGCUGGUCGCCCAGGCCGUCGCCGCCGUGGUGUUCGUCUCGCCCUUCCCGGCCUCCGGGGAGCUCAACCACCUCUUCCGCGACGCCGCCCCGGUCCUCGGCGCGGCCUUCGCUCGCAGCGAGCUCAGCGAGGCCGUCGUCUUCGCGGUGGGCGUCUUCGGCCUCCUCAUCCCGCUGGCGCUCACCCUCCUUUCCUGCCUCCUCAUCCUCUCGGCCAUCCCGCAGAUGCCCUCGGCCACGGGCAGGCGCGAAGCCUUCUCCACCCGCAGCGCUCACCUCAGCCCCGUCCUCUACGGCCUCCGGAACAAGGACGUCAGAACGGCUCUUCCGAAAGCCCUGGGGAAAACCAGGCUUUCUCGGGAAGCUUCCCACUGAAGAGGGUUUCCUCCUCACGUAGUUCCAGCCAACGGCUUCCACCUCC